GAAGUUGUUGUAAUCGAGCGCAGAUCAGAGCAGAGGUUGGAUGGAACAUGGCUCUCUCCAGAGGUUUGAGAUGCUGUCAAAGGGUUUUCUCUUGGAUACCUGUGCUUAUAAUCACCUCCGUGGCGUUGUGGUCGUACUACGCUUACGUCUUUGAGCUAUGUCUGUUUACACUCACCAACACGUUUGAAAAAGUGGCCUAUCUACUGGUGUUUCAUGUUUGCUUUGUGAUGUUCUCCUGGACCUACUGGAGGUCCAUAUUUACCCCUGCUGCAUCACCAUGCAAGAAGUUUCAGCUGUCAUACUCAGACAAGCAAAGAUACGAGAUGGAGGAGAGGCCAGAUGCUCAGAAGCAAAUCCUGGUUGAGAUUGCAAAGAAACUGCCCAUCUUUACUCGAGCUCAAUCAGGAGCUAUCAGGUUCUGCGACCGCUGCCAGGUACUGAAGCCUGACCGCUGUCACCACUGCUCGGUUUGUGAAACAUGUGUCUUGAAGAUGGACCAUCACUGUCCUUGGGUGAACAACUGUGUGGGCUUCUCCAACUACAAGUUUUUCCUGCUCUUCCUCUCCUACUCCAUGUUGUACUGUGUGUUCAUUGCAGCAACAGUCUUUCAGUAUUUCCUCAAAUUCUGGGUGGGGGACUUGCCAAAUGGGCCCGCAAAGUUCCACGUCCUCUUCCUCAUGUUUGUGGCGCUCAUGUUCUUCGUCAGUCUCAUGUUCCUCUUUGGCUACCACUGUUGGUUGGUGGCCAAAAACCGGUCCACUUUAGAGGCCUUCUCAGCUCCUGUUUUUGUCAGUGGACCAGACAGAAAUGGCUUCAAUGUUGGUAUACGCAGAAACCUACAGCAGGUAUUUGGAGAGAAUCGGAGACUGUGGUUCAUACCCGUCUUCACAAGCCAAGGGAAUGGCCACUACUUCCCCUUAAAGAAUCGGAGUUCUGAAUCCCACAACCCCUUAUUAGCUAAUGAGGACAUGUGGGAAGAGUCAGAUGACGGCUCUGAGGAAGGAAGCCUGGUUGAGGACCAAGACCCCUCUGUUACCAUAGAGAUGGAGGAAUAGUAAUUUAAUGUAAGGACAAUUUACACUGGUACAGAGGAUGUAUAUUAAUAUCGCUCACACUGUGUAUGAGGCAAAUGCAUUCAAAAAUCAUGUGGCUGUUCAGAUACUCUGAAUCUCAAUCUGAAGGGGGGCAGACGUGUGGAUUAAAACCCGCAUUUGGAUUGUCAUUGCCACUGUUACCCAGGGGGUUUUACAUAAUGAUGUAUGGAGAAGCUUGAUGGACAACCAGUAGCAUCACCUCUCCUCUCGUGGACAACAGUAUCAGUUUGAUUUGGUAAAAAAAACAAAAACCUGUCAAAUAUUACCUCCAAAAAAACAACUGCUAUUAACUGUACCAUGCGCCGUUGUAUAUUUCCCUCUGGUUGUUCAUCUCAAGGCACUGACCUCUGUGGGAUUAUAAAUUACUGUUAAUUGGGAAGCUUCUGUCUGGCACUGUACUAUUUUAUAUGCCUCUGUUUCAGUGUUGGGCUGUGAAUUUACAGUGUUGCACCUUUAGAGCUUGGUCUGUGCGGGUUGGUAUCUAAAUUGACCUCACACCCGUAAUGCUCCAGAGGUCUCUUGUAGUGAUUCCGUUGUUUGGCCUCUACCAGUUUGGGUCAUGCAGCAUAUUAACAUAAGCUUUUACUUACUUUAUUAUUAUUAUUUUUUUCAAUGAACAUAAGCAUAUUAGAAUACCUGACUUAGCCUUAUAAAUAUAUUUAUUCUUGUGUUUUGGGAGUCCAUUUCUCCUGAGAAUGUAUCCAGCAUCCUGCUUGUGAGUAGACCGUGCCAACAUUUUGGGCACCUUUUUAAGAAAGAACCUCUCGUAUGCUUUAAAUGGAGUAUUUCAGCAUUUAAUAUCGAGUUAAAAUGCCAUUACCAAGGUGUGAUCAGACUGGUGACAGUAAUUAAAAGAGAACUAGCAUAAAUUUCAACUCAUUAUGACUGAAAUUAUUGCUGAAGACUCAACCAGAGUAUUAUGGCAGACUUAAAGGUCCAGUGUGUUGGAUUUAGUGGCAUCUAGUGGUGAAGUUUCACAUUAAGCUAACUGAACACCACUGAUGUCUGUAUUUGUUUAUGACUAUGGUGGCUGCAAAACUUGCAAAAAACACAAAGGGCCCUCUCUAAAGCCAGUGUUUGGUUUGUCCAUUCUGGGCUACUGUAGAAACAUGGUGGUUCACCAUGCUGGACUCCAUGGAAGGGUACCCGCGGUGUCUGUAGAUAAAAAACGUCUCAUCCUAAUGCAACAAAAACAAUGAUUCCUAUUUUCAGGUGAUUAUACACUAAUGGAAACAUACCUCAUAAUAUUAUAUUUCAUUUCUGCCAAUAGAUCCUCCUAAAUGUUACACACUGGACCUUCAAAUGAUGUAAAAAUGAGACAUACUGCAAUAGACAUAAAACAAUAAUUAUCACAAUCUUGUUUUCUACCAUAUCAACCACCCCCAGGAAAAUUACACUUAUACACGUUGAUGCAAAGUGAAAUCUGCAUUCAUCAUAGGCACAAAAUCACCCUUUUGAUCUUUUUAAACAUGCAGAUAACUGUACAUAUAUGUAACGACUGAUCCUCGUCCACUGGCUGGUAGAGGACAGUGGUCUUCUGCAAUAUGAUGUUCUGAAAUUUUUUCUACCUGUGUUUAUGUAUUUUGAAAUUUUUAAUACCAAUGAAACACAUUCUCCUCGAGACUGUUUGGAUUAUGGACUUGUGUAUUUAGCCAGUGUACUUAGUUGACAACCAUUUCUGUGAUUGAGUACACCCAUUUAUUCACUAUGAGUAAAGAGUUGGGCCUUUAUCAACCCUGGAUGCUGUUGGAUGUUGACACUUUACCUUGCCUCAUCAGAUCUGUUUUUCUACUAUGUUGGGUAAGCCAAAUUAAAUGCUGCUCAUGUCUAAGAAAUACAUAACAUACAGAACUCAUUUAUUCAUUAAACCCGUGUGUCGUUUUUAUCUGAGGUAUGAUUCAGUGUUUGAAAGCAUGUAUAAAACAUUAGGAAAGAUGUGGAUGUUGAAUGUUUCAUGUAGUCUUGUGUCUAUUUAUUGUUAUAAUGUUCAGCUAUUUUCCUGUGUAUUGAGUUUACUGAUUCAUAACUGCUGCAGGCAGUGUCUGUAUAUUUUGCUCCAUCAAGUGACACUUAAAAUAAACUAUUGAAGAAAUGUGCUUUUAUCUGAUAGUAGGAUAUUUAUAACGUGAGAAGAUGACAAAUUAUACCCACAUUGCAGACAGGAGUUCAAUACUGCUAGAGCACAUACAGUAUGGUCCCUUUUAAAUUGUCUUUGGAGUAUGUGAUUGUGGUGCUUCCCGUUUUUAACACCUCUGAACCACCAAAGGUAGUGAUACUGUUUCACUUGCUGUUCUGUCUGUUAACAAAUAUAAAUUCUUUAUUUUCCAUCAGUUGUUGUAACAUGCAAAAUAAAAUGAUCCAAGUUGAACUCUU